GAGCCCACGGCCACCAAUACUGUAAGGUCUCAACGAAUUCUCGCCAGAGAAAAUUCGAAACUGAAAGAUGGAAAAUGGCCAUCUAAACCAAUUGGAUAAUACGUGCUACAGUACUGCGUUGAGACACUCAAACCAUGUAGAUCAAGUGGCACAUCACUGUGACCCUUGCUUGUCAGAGCACAGUCCAGUUCCCACCUUCCCACUCGCAGUCGGAACAUAACCGCUUUCCAGACCGCCAGCGGCGGACCCAAGGCACGUAUAGGCAACUGACACUGGCUGCCCAGGAAAGCAAGAAUGCCAAGCCGAAGUUUAAUUUGUGUCCUCUCAAGUCGGGACCAAAUUAGAUUUCUUCAGAAUAAGGCUUAUCUUCGAUUGCUGGACGGGGAUUUUGAUUCGAGGCAGUACACAAGAAUGUGUGACUGUGUCUAUUUUGAAGAUUUGAGACAAAGUUGUUUUCUGAAUUAAGAUCAUACCUCCAUUACUUCACAUGCACGGUACUGUAAGUGUCUAGCCCUAUGGCUAUAGGAACAUUCUGGUGAUUUCUCGCACAUUUUGACAUGUGCGAAGGUGCAGAAUAAAUUUACGGAAAUUGUGGCACUGAUGAUUUUUAAUUUAUUAACUCAAGCCUCUGAUUCUGUUCUCUGAUUCUGUUCUAUCGAUGACUCUCUCCGGAGCAACGCUACAAUGGAACAGUCAAUCUGUUAAUCGCAAGCGGAGGCCAAGUGGAAUCCAAGAACGAUGGUUUAGCGACCGAUACCUCGUAAGAACGAUCACGUUGCUGUCGGAUGCAAUGGCAGUUCGGGCGUUCCACGAAUUGCUUCCACGGAUUCGUAGUCUUCAGUACACCGUCAUCUAUUCGAAGAGACCUCCAGAGCUUGUCUGCUCGUCAGAUGAAAACUCGGAGCCUCUCUGCGCUGAAGUGCCAGAGCAGCGGAGUGGAAAUGAAAUGGAUUGAGAGUGAAGACUUUGUUUGUUUGACAGUACAGAGCCAGGACCACCAGUGGCGACGAGGCAGAGCGUGAAUUUUUACUUCUACCGUCUGUGGGCCUCCAAGGCUCCCUCAGCAUCCUCAGGCCUUGGCAGCGUCGGUCACAAGUCGGAGGAAACAAGUGGUCAGGUGCAUGGGAUGCCCAGAGCUGACAUUGACAGGGGAUUCCGAGGCUGGGAUGGGAGACCUCAUGUGGACUACGCAACGAACAGAUGGCCCGUGCGCCAGUGCAGCACCAAAGCAUCGUCGUCCGGUUACAGGGAAUCCACAGUAGCCAAGGGUACCAAAAAUAUGCCCCUGACUCCCAAGAAAUGGAAGCGAGCUCUGCCUUCCAAGGAAGUGUUGAAUGCGGUGUACAGUCUCCGACGCGUCAAGCGCAAUCCAGAUGGUAUCAAAGAGGUGAUGAGGAAGUACGUUUCACGUCUUCUUAAAUUGGAGAUGUUGCUCGUGCUGUCUGAACUUCAACGAUUAGACGAAUGGCAUCUAGCCCAUCAGGUCUUCACUAUGAUACGGAAGGAAUCGUGGUAUAAACCGGAUGUUUAUCUAUUCCAGACAAUGGUGCAAGUCUUCGGAAGGAAUAAGAGAAUCAAGGAGGCCGAGAAAAUUUUCGAAGACUUGGAAGACGAAGGUCUGCAUCCCAAUGAGAGUAUCACGAGAGAGCUACUUAGAGCGUACGUUAUAAGCGGAAUGAUGCCAGAAGCUAUAAAGCUUUAUAAGGAAAUCUUGGAGUUGGGCAAAGACCAAGCCGCGAGAAGCAUAUUAUUUCACGGGCUUAGUGCCGAGGAUAAAGAAGAGCUUUCCCAAUAUGAAAGGCAGAAAGGAAUCGACUGGAGUUUUGUUGAAAAGCGGGACUGAAGAGUGAGUUUCGAUAGUAUCACUCCAAUUUCGUCCUUGUUGUCACAUACUCAUAACUUUUUCCUAUUGGGGUGUCGAAUCAAGUAACACUUCAAGGUAACAAAGGUGCCAUGUAAUUGGCACCUUUGUCAUUUAUUUUGGGCAACCCGAUUACGUCUUACCAAUCUAGCAUCAAAUUUUUUCGAUUUGGAUUCGUGUGUCUUUUGUCGUUAAUUU